AUGUCUCCUACAGGGAGCAUCACUCUCCGGCUGCUCCAGAUUUCUACCUUCCAAAACAGCUCGUUUAUGGGCACAGAGGGGCUGUGCUUUCUGGAAGACAUUGAGCUCGGUUCUCUUGAUAAACACAACUGGAACAUCCACAUCUACCAGCCCUGGGUACAUGCAGCCCUGCCCCCUGGUGACUGGAAAGUUAAAGAGGAGAUGCUCAAAAUCUAUUUGCAGAAAGUGACCUAUGUGAUCAAUGAGGGUGCCACAGAGAACGGUGUGCCCUACCCCUUCGUGGUCCAGUGUAGGGCAGGCUGCGAGAUCUACCCCAACAGGACCUCCCGGGCCUUUUUCUAUUUUGCUUACAAUGGCCAAGGCAUCCUCAGCCUCGAUCUAGACAAUGGCACCUGGAUCCCCUCCCAAGACACCAACAUAUCCUGGUACUUCCUGGGUGUCCUGCGGAACUACACUUCCCUGAGUGAGCUGGCGGAGGUGCUCUUCAAUGAGACCUGCGUUGAUGACAUGGAGCUGCUGCUGCGCCAUGGGCAGGCAGCUCUGGAGAGACAAGAACUGCCCGUGGCUACAGUCUUUGCCCGCACGCCCAGCCCAGCCCAGCUGCUGCUGGUUUGCCGCGUCACCGGCUUCUACCCACGGCCCAUCAGCGUGGCCUGGCUGCGGGAUGGCCAGGAGGUGCCACCGGGCCCAGCGCUCAGCACCAGCAGCAUCCUGCCCAACGCCGACCUCACCUACCAGCUGCGCAGCAUCCUGGCCGUGAGCCCCCGCGACGGGCACAGCUACGCCUGCCGCGUGCGCCAUCGCAGCCUGGGCACCCGCAGCCUCCUCGUCCCCUGGGGGCACUCAGAGGUGGUGCUGAUUGCAGGGCUCGGGGCCGGGCUGCUGGCAGCUGUGGCCAUGGCUGUCAUCGUGGUGCUCUGGGUGCAGAGAUGCAGGAAGCCCCAGCAGAUGGAGGAAUCUUAGUCCAGGAAUUCCAUCCUGAGCAAAGAAGCUUAGUGACCUAAGGGAACCAGCAGCCUCCAGUUUGUUCUACCUCCCUCAGGGGGACACAAAAAUCACCAUUCUUCUGCUUUCAGAAAACUCUGGGCACUGCAGAGUGUGAGAUGAAGUCGACUGCGAGAUGUAGAGACCAAAUGUGAGGAGCUCCUGACCCACUUUGAUUUGCUAAGCAGAGCAGGAUGCAGCUCUGAGAGCUUCUCACUCCUUGCACAUCUAACCUGGGGGCAUUGCCCCAUGCACCCACUGAGGCUCCCCAGGGCACCCACAUGCCCAGGGGCACUUUCCCCUGCUUCUGGUACAAGGACAUAUCUGUUACCUGCUAAGCUGUGGCCUUCUGCUGUCGCUUUCCAGCAUGGCUCCUAGAAGCUGCUCUUACUAACCCUACUGAGAAAUACUUGUGCUGAGGCUGAACUGUUCCACACAGACUAACAGAAACAAGCUGCUGAGCAAGGUGCUAACAGGGAACCUCUGAUGGAACUU